AGAGAGAGAGGGAGUGCAAGAGAUUGGAGAAGCAGCCACUCACUCUCCAGGCUCUAAGUUUAUAGGCAGCCAGGCAGAUUUUCUUGGCUGAGACGCAGCGCUCAUGACAGGAUUAGGAGCCGGGGACACGGGACCAACCGGAGAUCUGCAGGUCCAAGUGGACGAUCCCGAGCCAGAUUAUCUGCCUGCACAGAGUCAUGGACUGAUAGUGUCUGCAAAGACAAAGAAUGAAUACAACUCGGUCAUGAAGAGAGCUUACUAAGUGAUGAUGAAAGUGCUAACGUGAAGAUAUGAAUGGACAGAGCUGAGCUACUCAGAAGAUACUGUGACCGGCCUCCUGUGUCCAGUCUCACCAAUCAUCCAACAAUAGCCUUCCAAGGUUGAUCUGAUUCACCAGAGAGGCCUCCUUUCCUCUGCCAUCAUGCGUCUGCUCACCACCCUCCUCCUCUUGCUGUUCCUGCGGUCAGCUGAGCCCCGGAGGGGCCCUCGGUCAGGGGCUGCGGAGAGGGGAGCCGGGGGCCGUGUACGGGGCAGAGGCAGGGCCGGAGUGAUGAGACGUCAAACUCAGGAGUGUAAAGAGUACAUAGAGGCAGGAGAGAAAUACCUGGAUUGCCAGGACAGGCAGCUGACCACGGUCAUGCAGGACUGGCCCAAAGAUAUUCACCACCUGCUACUGGCAAGAAAUAAGAUUCAGGUUUUGAGGGACAACAUGUUCUCUCAGUUCAGCCAGCUGAAGAGCCUGGACCUCCAGCAAAACGACAUCUCCAUGGUGGAGGAUGGAGCAUUCAGUGGCCUAUCUCAGCUCACCACCCUGCUCCUCCAGCACAACGGACUAAAAACAGCCUCUGAGGAGGUCCUGCUCCCUCUGCCACGCCUUACCUACCUCCGUGUCUAUGACAACCCCUGGAAUUGCCACUGCCAGUUGGACAGCCUGAUCAGGACCCUGCAGGUGCCGAGCAACCGCAAUCUGGGCAACUAUGCCAAGUGUGCGGAGCCCCUGUCGCUAAAGGGCCAGAAGCUGAAGAAACUGAAUGUGGAGUUGUUAUGUGCGGCUGACAACCAGGUGGACAGGCCGGGGGACGGAGACACGGGGCGACCGGGGCCUCCACCAAUCAAAGUGCCGGAGGCCACAUCCAUGUGCCACACCUACAUAUUCCCUAAACCUCUGCUGGACUGCAGCAGCAAAGAUUUGAAUAAUGUCCCAUCUGACCUGCCAUCUGACAUAAUGAAGAUGGAUCUGUCCAGGAACAACAUCAGACAUCUCAGGCCCAAACAUUUCCUGCUGUCCAAAGACCUCAGGCUGCUCAACCUUAGCAGCAAUGGCCUGCACCGUAUAGACACAGGUGCAUUCGCAGGCCAGCUGUACCUCCGUGAGCUCGACUUGUCCAACAACAGCCUCCAUUACUUCCAGUACGGCGUGCUGGAGGAUCUCUACUUCCUACGGAAGCUCUCGCUGGAGAACAAUCCAUGGAUCUGCGACUACAACAUCCACUACCUGAUCUACUGGCUCAAGCACCACCCUGGCGUCUUCUACACUGGCCUGAUCUGCGCUGAGCCACAGGAGUUCAGAGGCUGGCGUGUCGAGGAUUACGUCAAAACCUACAAUGGGGAAUGUCCAAAGGAUAAACAAACUGGAGGGACAGAUAUGGGACAGGGAGGACAAGAGGGAAUGGACAAUGAGGCACAGGAGGUGGUGGGGGAGACGGGUGAGGGUGAGGGGGAACGUCUGCCUCGACCUUUGAAAAAGAAGAAGCUCAACAGGUUUGAGAUCAUUAGGCUGAGUUAGAAUGGAGGGAGGUGAGCGGACUGAUGUGGUUUGGUGUGGAGUGAGGAGUGUUGGAGGUCUGUGAACAGGCUGAAGAAUGAAUUAAUAAAGGCUGACUCAGUGAUUUGAUGUUUGAAUAAAAUGUGACACGGGAAAGUACAA